AGCAGAGCGACAGACGCAAACGCGCGAGAAAUCCGAGAAGAGCUAGUUUCUGAUGGCAGUUAGCCAUUGAUUAUAACAACUGCCAAAAUACUGCCAAUCUGCGGCGUGUGCUGCACUAUUUUAAAGUGGGGCCAUUGUUUGCAGUGGCGAACACUCGGGGUCCCGUGGAUUAAAGUGCUGUUAAAGUGAAACGAGCUGUGGCAAUUGCAUUGACAAAGGAAGUGAGCAAAGUGAGUGAACGGGUUUCGGCCAGUAUUUUCACCAGGCCAAAUCGGAGAGCCGACGCAAGCGGCAGUGAAUGCAAUUCCGAUUUCGAAACACACAGAAACGAAAGUCAGCCGAAGAAAGUUCUCCGAGGAAUGCAAAAAUUGAAUUACCAGCCAACUGAGUAGCCAGAAACUCCUGGAGGAACCACACAGCCACGAGUGCGAGAAGAAAGGCGAACUGAAUCGAGUUGGAUCGAGGACCUUGGCAUGCGAGUGCAGCUGCAAGGCGAAGGAUAAUAAAAAUGGGGAGCCAGAACAUCGACGGAGCGAAAUUAAAAGCAAACAGCCACAGAAAGCGGCGAUGCAGUCCGCUGUUGUUUGGUAUUAUGUUCCUCUGCAAAGUAGCGAUGGCAUCGUCAGAUGUUGCCGAAUCAGGAGCCCCGUACAGCCAGCCGCUCACCACGAUGGCAGGACAGCCCCGCAAUGAUGACACCUUCCGACCCAUUCUGCCCAUCGACAUCAGCCCGGAGUUCAUCUCCCGCAAUGUGUUCACUAAGUCCGGGCAGUACAGGGUUUUCCAGCCUGCUGAAAGCGAGAGCGAUCUGCGUUUAACGGUGGCCAUGGGUCGCAGGAACUUUAAGCAUUCUACGGAAUCACCCGAAAAAGAGCAGUCUGGGAUGCCACCAGUGAAGACGAGCAACAGCUCUGCGGCAAUAGAGGCUGAGUUAAAGAGUCUGGAAGAUCUGCUGCAGGACUAUGUGGAGCAGUUCUUUAGCCAGGGAAAGUACGAGCCCACUCCCGGUUUGGUUUUAGCCCUUCAGCAGAACCACUCGAAGCCAGUAUCCGAGAACAUAAAGCGCACCACCCGCAGCAUUUUGGAGGACACCAAUGUAGAGCUCAAUGUGCCGAGAGCCUUCGAAAGUGCCCGACUGCUCUUCUUCAGCGGCUUGAAGAAGGUGAUGUGGCCCAUCUACAUGGGAUUGCAGGUGCUGAAGAGCGUGCUGUUUGCCAUGUUCCUGCCGACCAUAAUAAGCAGUGUUAGCCGGCUGAUUGGCAAGGGCAUCACAUCCGGCUCGGCUGGCUCAGUGCCACUUUUCAUCCGCCCCAUGGAACCGCCGCAGGAACUGGACUUCCGGGACAACAGCAUGAACUUUGAUGACGACAGCAAGUUUUCCCUGGCCGACGAGGGCAAAACUCCGGCUGGCUACGAGUACAACGCAGAGGCUUCCCAGCAGCAGGCGCAGUACGCCCAGGUGAAUGGAAACUCGCUGAACCAGGCAACCCUUUCGCGAUAUGGAGGCCAGCAGAUGAUGCAGGACACCUAUCUAAGUGCCCUGCAGAGCAUCGGAGCCGCCUCCUUCAAGAACUCCCAGAGCAUGUCGGGAUCCUUUAGCGCCGGAGCAGGAGCCGCUCCAGGAAUGACUAAGAAGCCGGCGCCGGCGGUGAUGAACACCUUCCAGAGCUUCCAGAAGGUGCCCAGUUCCUCGCUGCUCCUCUCCAACUACGAUCCCUUCUACAGUCCACUGUUAUCUCGACUGGACUCGGUCUUCGCCCAGCUGAAGCUGAAUCCGGAGAACGAGGCCUGCCGCGAGAAGCUCAUCUGCCUGAUGUACGCCAACCCCGCAAAGUAUGCUCCGUACAGCAACCUGGUCUCCGCUCAGUUGAGCAGGGAACUCAACGAGCUGCGGAAGCCGACGUCCGACAACCCGGACAUCCUGCGCUUCUUCAAGUACAUGCGGGCAGCGAAGGACGGGCAGGACGGCAUCGACUGCGACGAGUCCUUCGCGAAGUGCAAGGAGCUGAAGGACUUCGAGAACCCGGCGAUGCUGUCCACCUACAACGACAUCAACAAGCUGGUCCAGGCCCGCAAACUGGCGUAGAAGACGGGUCGUGAAGUCAAGUCACAGAGCAGCAACGAGAUGACAGCCAAGUUCGCGGGAGUCACGUCAAAAGUCCGUCCGUCCAAAUGGCUGACUGGCUAACUGGCUGAGUGCUUUCUGGGAACGGGCGGUGUAAUUAUGCAAAUCGUACUUUAGAUAGAGUAGCCUAGCCAUAUAUAAAAGUUCGUUAGACGCUCCAGCGGCGGCAGCUGUCAGCGGUGGGCGGGAAUUGAAGGGAAUCGAAGGGAAAGGGGAGGGGCUUCAUUAACACGUUGUAAAUAGAAAAGUUUGUUUCGUAGUUUAAUUAGAGCGAGCACCAAUUACUGGAUGAUGCUGUUAUUUUAGCCAUUUAGGGGAAUUUCUUUAAGUAUUUAUUUCUAGCCUACGAAUAUGUUUAAAUCUAUCCUACCUAUUUAUAAUAUUUAUUCCGUUGUUGUUAUGCGAUUAGUCAGCAAGAGUUGUUCAAUGUCCUAAAUAAUCAAUAAAUUAUGUUGUACCACCAAA